UAGUCGCUGGUUUGUCCAAGCGCUCUUGGCUUUCCACGAGGAUGGUCGAGGGAAGCAAGUAUUGUACGUUGCGUCUUGUUCACUUGCGACACUGCCCUUUGUGCUUCUCCAAGAGCAGUGCACAGAAACUUGUGCGGCGGAGUGGAAUAUGCAGGUGGCCUAGGUGCGCAAGACCCUUUCUAUUUUCGUGUGGUUCUGCAGCGGGGCGUCGGCCUGCAGGACAGUCACAGUAUAGGUGGAGGGCGCCUUUGUUGUCGCUCAGCUGUUCCAGUCUGAGAAGACGCUCAGGCGUCUCAAAUACUGUGGUCAAGAGUCUGGAGGAGUCGCACGAAGGGGUGGCGACAGUCCGAAGGAGGGGAGGGGGAGAGCAAGACUGGAGGGGUGAGCGGGUAGGGCCAGCCAGUUGCCUGGUGUGAACACAUAUAUAUACAGUCACAGCUAUAAGAGCGAGUAUCGUGACUUCGCGAGUAUAAGUAUCGGCAUAUCGUAAGUCACGAAUAUGUUUAUGUGCAAUUUCCCGCGCUCUACAUCGAGCAGACGCUUUACCUACUCAAAUGUGAGGUAGAUCUAAUUCAACGCGGGACACCCCGCACGUAUGCGAUCGCACCUCGGUGACGGUUUCUAUGUGCGACUAAUUCAAUCAGUGCCAAGCAAGGCGCAGCAGAUUGCUUUGCUGGCAGGUUAUUGUGUCGAGAUGGUGGAUGACGGCAUGAAAGCAGAUGGAGAUAGAGGGACCUCGUGCGCGUGCAUGACAGCUCCGUGGCACACCUACAGCACAGAGAAGCGACACUAAGAG